AUGCAGUUCACCAACGUUAUCUUCUUCCUCCUUGGCCUUGUGAGCUUUGUAAGUAUCCUUCCCUAACGCGUCUUCAUUUCUGGACGCGUUACAAAGACUUUGAAAGUUCGCUGUCACUAACACAUCUCCAGGCCACUGCACGCCCAUCUGACUUUGCUGCUGACAAUUCCAACUCUGCACUUGUCUCUGAUGAGGACUGCGCCAUGUAUGCUACCCACCCUGAUGUCGCCCUCACCCCAGCUAUCGUCGCUGGCUUGAAGGAGAUGACCGCUGGCCUGUCAAACAUCACCGCCCGCGAUGAGACUCGUACUCUUAUGGAACGCAACAAGGUAAGCUUUGACCUUCACAUCCACCCCCCACCACUCUCUCAUAGGUUAUCUACUGAUCUCUUCACAGUCUGACAUCCUCUGUGCUGACCUCAUUGGCGCUUAUGGCUGGCUUUGGGCUCUUACAGGCUUCGUCUGGCGCGUCAUCGCAAGAGUCCAAAGUGAGCACAGAGUCUGUCCUGUCAAUGGUCGUACCUGCGUUGCCGCUGGAUGUGACUACAACAACUGCAUGGUCCUUUGCAACGAUGUAUGUCACCCCCCCUUACCAACACCUUCUAAGCUGACAUAUAUCUUUCCGAGAACCCAUACUAUAUCCAACCAGACUGCGGAUAUCUUGCAUCCUACGCCGCUGAUAUCAUCGAUCGCUGCAACUGGCAACUCCACGUAUGUUUCUCCUUCUCCUCCAUCCUAAAACUAUGACUGACUUCAACUAGUGGGGAGGUAUGCACAUCAUCGGCCAGCGCUUUGACACUGAUAACUACAAUGUCAUCGUCCGUGGUUUCUAG